AUGGGCAAAGACUAUUACAAGAUUUUGGGUGUUGCAAAGGGUGCUGAUGAGGAUGAAAUCAAGAAAGCAUACAAAAAAGCGGCGCUAAAAUGGCACCCGGAUCGCAACAAGGAUGACGAGGCGGGCGCGAAGAAGAAGUUCCAAGAGGUCGGCGAGGCUUUUGAAGUCCUGUCUGACAAGAACAAGCGCACAAUCUAUGACCAAUACGGCGAAGACGGCCUCAAAGGCGGCAUGCCAGAGAGCGCCGCCGGUGGUGCCGGUGGUGCCGGCGGCUUUGGAGGUAUGGGCGGCGGCUUUCCCGGCGCUGGUGGCGGUCAUUCUUUCCGUUUCAGCUCUGGUGGCGGCAAUCCGUUUGGUGGCGGCGCUAGUGGAUUUUCCCCGUCCGACCCUAACGAUAUUUUCGCACACAUUUUCGGCGGCGCCAGUCCAUUCGGCAUGGGCGGCGCCGGCGGCCGCUCUAGCGGAAUGCCAGGUAUGGGCGGCAUGGGCGGCAUGGGCGGCAUGGGCGGCGGCAUGGGUGGUGACGACUUUCCUGGUGGCUUUGCCUCGUUUGGCGGCGGCGGCGGCGGCCGCAGCGCCGAGGCCGAGCCCAAGCCUAAAGACUGGGAGACUCCGCUCAUGCUUACCCUGGAAGAGCUCUGCAAGGGCACCACGAAAAAGCUCAAGAUUAGUCGCCAUCUUGCGAAUGGCAGCACUGAGCAAAAGGUGCUUACUAUUGAAGUGAAGCGGGGUUGGAAAAAAGGCACAAAGGUUCGCUUCAACGCUGCAGGCAACGAAGUAAGCCCCGGCAAUUUCCAGGACCUCGUGUUUGUCGUUGACGAGCGUCCUGACUCUCGUUUCAGGCGCAAUGGCGAUGAUCUGUACAUGGUGCAGCCGCUCCGCUUGGUAGAUGCAUUGGAUCCUUCCGCCGCUGGCACGCCUGCCUCACGACGCAAGAUCACAACGCUCGAUGGCCGCACAAUCGAAAUUCCUUUGCCCACACCUGCAGCAGGCAAAACGACCAUCACGCCCGGCCGCACAACGCGCCUGGCCAAUGAGGGUAUGCCCAUUUCGAAAGUCAAGGGCACCAGAAAGGGCGACCUGGUCAUCGAGUGGAAUGUCGAGUUUCCCGACAAACUCUCCGAGACUCAGCGCAAGGAAGUGCGUACGACACUUGCUUAA